UUGGCGCUAUCCCCGUUCGAACCGAAAGACGGGUUAAAGAUGGCGGCUGUCAUGCAGCAAAUAUUGGAGCGGUCGGAGAUAAGUAAACUCCCAAAAGCCGUUCAAAACAAACUCGAGAAGUUUUUCUCUGAUCAGCAAUCUGAAAUAGAUUCUCUCAAGUCACAUUCAGAGCGAUUUAAAGUUGAUAGCGAGCAACAGUACUUUGAGGUUGAGAAACGGCUGGCCCAGAGUCAGGACCAGUUUGUGUUACAAACACAGGAGCACCACAAACUCAAAGAGGAGUUCGCCAAGCUCAGUGAAGACUUGAAGACAUUGAAAGAAAAGAACCAAGAACAUGAAGUGGUGGCAGAGAAUUUUUCUUCCCAACAGAGCCAACUCUCCAAAGCUAAAUAUGAGCUUGAGGAAGAAAAACGGGAACUUGUGCGUAUGCUUGAGAAGCGGUCCCAAGAAGUGGAGCAUCUUAACGAGGACUUGAAACGCCUCAGUGACAAACUUGUUGAGACCAAUGCUGCGAAGACGGAACUUCAACUGAAACUGGACGAGCUCCAGUCCUCGGAGGUUUCCAUCAAGUACAGAGAAAAGAGAAUGGAGCAGGAGAAAGAUCUUCUCCAGAGCCAGAACACUUGGCUUAACACCGAGCUGAAGACCAAAAGCGAGGAGCUGCUUUCCCUCUCCAGAGAAAAGGGCAAUGAGAUCCUUGAGCUCAAGUGUAAUCUGGAGAACAAGAAGGAAGAGGUGGUCAGACUUGAAGACCAAGUAACCAGCCUGAAGGCAUCCAAUGAGAACUUGCAGAAGCAAACAGAAGAUUUGAUAAACAAGCUUAAAGAGGGGAAGGAGCAACAGGCCAGUAUGGAGGAAAAGUUCCGCAAUGAGCUGAAUGCUCACAUGAAGCUGUCUAACUUGUACAAGGGCGCGGCAGAGGACUCUGAGUCAAAGAGUGAGGAGCUGGCUCGAGCUGUGGAGGAACUCCACAAGCUGCUGAAGGAGGCCGGGGAGGCCAACAAGGCCACUGAAGAAAGGUUGUUGGAAAUGAAGGAAUCCAAGGAUAAGAUUGAAGCAGAGCUGAAUGACAAGAUCCAUAACUUGGAGAAGGAGCUGGACAAUGCCAAUGAGUUGCUCUCUGAUUCUAAGUGCAGAGGCAUAGAUGUACUGAACGAAGAGCAGCUGACCACAAUGUCCCCGACUGCAGCCGCUGUGGCAAAGAUCGUGAAGCCUGGCAUGAAACUAACAGAGCUGUACAACGCAUAUGUGGAGGCGCAGGAUCAGCUGCAGAUGGAGAAAAUGGAGAAUAAGCGGGUGAACAAGUACCUGGACGAGAUCGUGCAGGAGGUGGAGGCCAAGGCCCCCCUUCUGAAGCGGCAGCGGGACGAGUUUGAGCGCGUGCAGAAGUCCGUCGCCAGCCUCUCCGCCAAGCUGGAGCAGGCCAUGAAGGAAAUCGGUCGCCUGCAGAAAGAGUCUGACGAAGCCAACCAGCGCGCCGCCGUGCUGGACCGGGACAACCAGAGGUUUGAGCUGCAGCUCGGUGACCUGUCCCAACAGGUCCGGGUUCUGCUGAUUGAGCUGGAGGAGGCCCGUGGGAACCACGUGAUCCGAGACGAGGAGGAGGUGAGCUCCGCUGACAUCACCAGCACCUCCGAGGUCAUCUCCCAGCGCCUGGUCACCUUCCGCAGCGUGGAGGAGCUGCAGCAGCAGAACCAGCGCCUCCUGGUGGCCUUGAGAGAGCUGGGGGAGGCUCAGGAGAAGGAGGAAAUGGAAGCCACGUCUUCAAGGAGAUCGGAGCUGGAGCUGAGUCUGGACAAGGUCCAGAGCGAGCUGGAGCAGCUGCGCGAGCAGCGCAGCCACCAGAUGCAGCUGACCGAGUCCAUCGUGCGACAGAGGGACAUGUAUCGCAUCCUGCUGGCUCAGACCACGGGGGUCAGCUUCCCAACGCAAGGAGCGGCACCGGAGGAGUUCUCCCUGACCUCCACCCCCCGCCGCUCCCCCGCGGUCACCCCCACUACGGCCACGCCCGUGCAGGUCACCGCGGUGGAGUCCACGGAGGCCGCCGAGGCCAAGGCCGCUCUCAAGCAGCUUCAAGAGGUGUUCACGACGUACAAGAAAGAGAAGGCUGAGAAUGACAAGAUGCUCAGUGAGCAAAACGAGAAGCUGCAGGAGCAGAUCUCUGAACUCCGCUCUCAAAACGUCAAGAUAUCCACACAGCUGGAAUUCGCCUCUAAGCGGUAUGAAAUGCUUCAGGACAAUGUGGAAGGGUACCGGCGUGAUAUAGCAUCGCUUCGGGAAAAGAGCCAGAAGACGACGGCCACCUCGCAGAAACAGGAAGAAACCAUCCAUACCAUCACCCAAGACCUACGUGCGGCCAAUGAGCGGCUGGCCAUGGCUGAGGCACGCAGUGAGAACCUGAGGAAGGAGCGAGACAUGCUGAAGAUGGUGGAAUCCAGGCUGAGCCAGGAGAAGGACUCCAUCCUGGCCGAGCGGCGUGGCCAGAACAUGCUGCUCACCAACCUCCAGUCCAUACAGGUGACUCUGGAGCGCUCGGAGACAGAGACCAGACAGCGGCUCAACAAUCAGAUCGAGAAGCAGGAGCGGGAGAUCAGCCAGCUGCAGAAGAAGCUGGAGCUCGAGGUGGAGCAGAGGCACCUUCUGGGACGCAACCAGGAUUUGCAGCUGAUGGAUGCUAAGAAGCAGCUGGAGGCCCAGAAUGCCUUGCACCAGAAGACCAAAGAUCUGCUGAAGGCCGCCCAGCAGGAGGUCAGCACCCUGCGUCAGCAGCUCAGCAGCGCAGAGGACCAGCUGACCCCCGCGUCCUCUCCAGGGGCAGCUCUCAGAGGGCUGCGUGGGUCGGACCAGGACAUCGAGGAGAUCCGCACCCGUCUGCGGCAGGCCGAGGAGCAGUCCGGGGACAUGAAGGAGCGCCUGAAGACCUCUUCCACCAACGUGGAGCAGUACAGGGCCAUGGUGCUCAGUCUGGAGGAGUCCCUGAGCAAGGAGAAGCAGGUGACCGAGCAGGCCCGCUCCACCAUCGAGAGCCGUCUGAAGGAGGCCCAGGAGUACCACAGGGAGCUGGAGAAGAAGCUUCUGGACUCGGAGAAGGAGAAGCAGGGCCUGCUGGAGGAGAAACGCAAAGCCGUCGCCAACCUGGAGCAGCAGGUGAGCGAGCUGAAGAAGAGCCUGAGUGCCUUGCAGGCCGAGCUCCAAGAGGCUCUGCAGAGGGCCACAGUGGCUACCAGCCAAGAGCAGCAGGCUAUCCAGGACAGCCAGCAGCAGGCCAAGCUGGCCGCAGAGGCCCAGCAGAAGUACGAGCGGGAGCUGAUGCUGCACGCCGCCGACGUGGAGGCCCUCCAGGCCGCCAAGAAGCAAGCGCAGCAGGCGUCCCAGAUGAGGGAGCAGCUGGAGGAGCGGGCUCAGAGGGCCAGCGCGCAGCUGCUGGAGGCCCGCGUCUCCUGGGAGGAGCAGGAGAGGAUGCUGAAGGAGGAGACGUCCAAGCUGCUGUCUCGCGCUGAGGACCUGCAGCAGCAGAACGGCCUCCUGCACGAGCAGAUCGAGAGCAUGAGCAACAAGAUGGUGGCGUCCCUUCAGCAGGCCGCCCAGGAGGGCCCCCUCAACAUCUCCCUGACCGAGGAAGGCAAGUCCCAGGAGCAGCUCCUGGAGAUCCUCAGGUUCGUGCGGCGGGAGAAGGAGAUCGCGGAGACCAGGUUCGAGGUGGCCCAGGUGGAGAGCCUGCGCCACAGGCAGAGGGCGGAGCACCUGGAGAGGCAGCUGAGGGAGCUGCAGGACAGCCUGAACGCCGAGCGGGAGAGACUGCAGGUGACCGCCAAGACCCUGGCUCAGCACGACGAGCUGAUGAAGAAGACUGAGACCAUGAACGUGCUGAUGGAGACCAACAAGAUGCUGCGGGAGGAGAGGGAGAGGCUGGAGAAGGAGCUGCAGCAGACACAGGCUAAGGUGUGUAAGCUGGAGGCAGACGUCAUGCCCCUGCAGGAGUCCAACAGGGAGCUGAGCGAGAAGAGCGGGAUGCUGCAGGCCGAGAAGAAGCUCCUGGAGGAGGACAUCAAGCGCUGGAAGACCAGGACGCAGAACCUGGUGAGCCAGCAGAAGGACACGGACCCGGAGGAGUACAAGAAGCUGCACUCUGAGAAGGAGGCCCACCUGAAGCGCAUCCAGCAGCUCACCGAGGAGAUGGCCAGACUGAAGGCGGACAUCGCCCGGAGCACCGCUUCCAACACCACCUUGCAGAGCCAGGUUCACAACCUGCGAGAGAACCUGGGCAAGGUGACCACCGAGAGGGACAAACUGAAAAAGGACCUUGAGGCCAUGUUGUUGGACAUCCAGGAGAAGGUCAAGACCAUCACGCAGGUCAAGAAGAUCGGCCGCCGGUACAAAACGCAGUACGAAGAGCUCAAAGUGCAGCACGACAAGCUGGUGGCUGAAGCUGCUGCCAAGCCAACACAGGAGCAGGAAGCGCAGCAGGCUUCAGUCCAGGAGAUCCAGGCCCUGAAGGACAGUCUCAGCCAAUCAGAGGCCAAGACCAGAGACCUGGAGGCCCAGGUGGAGAGUGUGCAGAAGGCGGUGGGCGAGCGCGAGGCCGAGGCGAGGAGCUUCCAGGAGCAGCUGAACAGGCUGCAGCCCGAGCUCUCGCGCCUCAGGCAGGAGCUGCAGGAGAAGUCCGGGCAGGAGGAGCAGCUCCGCCAGCAGAUGACCGAGAAGGAGGAGAAGACCAAGAAGGCCUUCCUGGGUGCCAAGCAGAAGAUCAGCCAGCUCGUGGGUGCGAAGGACCAGCUGUCGAAGGAGAACGAGGAGCUGAAGCAGCAGAGGGAGGAGCUGGAGGUGCGCAUGAGCGCGCUCAAGUCGCAGUACGAGGGCCGUAUCUGCCGGCAGGAGCGCGAGCUGCGCGACCUCCGGGAGCAGCAGGAGAGGCACAGCGAGCAGCGGGACGAGCCCCCGGAGCAGGGACCCAGCAAGGUUCAGGGAGACCAGCAGAGACCACCAGAGCAGAGGCAGAUCUCCCUGAAGACCACUCCGGCAGCAGACAGGGGCAGCGCGAGCACUUCGGAUCCGCCCACGGCCAACAUAAAGCCCACCCCUUUGGUGGCGACCCCCAGCAAACCCCCCGCCAUCCCCGGGAACAAGUCCACCCCCCGGGCCAGCAUCCGACCCAUGACUGUCACCACGCCCACGCCCACAGCCACCGUCAUGCCCACCACCCAGGUGGAGACGCAGGAGACGCAAGCCAUGCAGGCCUCUGAGGGCCCCGUGGAGCACGUGACCGUGUUCGGCAGCGCCAGCGGCUCGGUGCGCUCCACCAGCCCCAACGUCCAGACCACGCUGUCGCAGCCCCUCCUCACCGGGCAGCAGCAGCAGACCCAGGCCACCGCCUUCGUCCAGCCCACCCAGCAGAGCCUGCCCCCUGUGGAGCCGGCCAAUCAGGAGCCGGCCCCCAGCGUGAUGGAGGCGGUGCCGAGCACCCAGAUGGAAAGGCCCUCCACAUCCACAGCCGACUUUGGUUCAGUUUCGGCCACGCCGGGAACCUCGGUGCCUAAAAGACCUCGGGAGGAGGAGCAGGAGAGCCCCGCCGACAACACCGAGACAGUGCAGGAGGACCCCUCCGAGCCCCCCAUCCCCAAGAAGCUGCGCAUCAUCCAGAGGGUGGGCCCAGAGGAGGAAGUUGUGGUGGAGGACAGCGCUGAGGCAGAAGUGGAGAUUCCUGGCGAGAUCCAGGAGGCCCCAGAUGCUGGCCAGGCGUCUGUGGAGGAGGAGUACCCCGCGCUGGAGGAGGUCGGUGAGGAGCACGUGUUGCCGCCUAUGGAGCCGACCAUGACUCUAAUCACAUAUACCCCCUUGGAGGCCAUGCCCACGGAGGAGGACGUCAUCGUCAUAGGAACGGACACCGAGAGCGAGGAGGAGGAGGAGGAGGAGGAGGAAGAGGAGGACGGGGACCAGGAGUAUGAGGAGGACGAGGACGAGGAGGAAGACGAGGAGGAGGAUGACGACGAAGACGACGACGACGUCGGGAUGGGCGACGAGGGGGAGGAGAGCAACGAGGGGAGCGGGAGCGGGGACUGCAACGAACCGUACGAGGGGGAGGACACGGAGGGAGCUGAGGCCACGGACCCGGGAACGGAGAACGAGGAGAGCCUGGGAGCCCCCGACUCCGGCCAGAGGCCCGCCGACUCCCUGUUGCCCAGUUACGAGGGGAGCAGCAGCACCACCGAAUCCUUCUCCUCCGAGCCCCCGAGGGAGCAGCACGCCCCCCGCCUGCCGCAGUCGCCACGGAGACCGGCCCACCCGCUCCCGCCACGGCUGAACAUCCAGCCUCCUCCCGGCCCGGAGCUGGGCCCGCCUGCUCAGGUGCAGCGCAUCCCCAGUCGCCGCCUGUCGGUGGGCCGUGGGCUCCAGGUCACCACGGGGAUGGCCAGCAGCACGCAGCACUCCUACGACGACGACGACAGGAUGGUGCCGAGCACCCCGACGCUGCCGGUGCAUCAUCGCACCGAUGGAUUUGCAGAGGCCAUCCACUCUCCCCAAGUGGCCGGCGUUCCCAGAUUCCGGUUCGGCCCUCCCGAGGACAUGACUCAGGCCGGCUCUUCCCACUCGGACCUGGGGCAGCUGGCUUCCCAAGGUGGUCUGGGAAUGUACGAAAGUCCCCUGUUCCUUGCAGCGCACGAGGAGGAGUCGGGAGGACGCAGUGUACCCACCACGCCCCUGCAGGUCGCUGCUCCAGUGACCGUCUUCACUGAGACGCUCCCCGCGGACGUGCCAGAGAACGCCUCCCAGUCCGUCCCAAUGGUGAGCAUGUCCGCGGCCGGCCUGUCGGCCCCCGGGGACCCCGGCCCCGGCGACGAGAGGGACGAAGUUUUCAUGGAAGCAGAAAGCGAUGGGACUAGUUUGGAGGCCUCCCUGGAGCCGGAGGGCCAGGCCGAGAUGGAGGAGCCGGCGCAGCCGUCAGACGACGCCGGCCUCACCUCCACCAGCCAGGACCCGUCCCCCAGCUCCACCGACAUGAGCAGCAGCAGCGGCAGCCAGCCCAGGGCCCCCAGGCCGGGCCCCAGCCGCCAGCUCCAGCGCUGGACCGAGAACCGGGGGAGGCACGCCAAGAGAGGUGUGAUGGGAGUGAGAGGCCGCUUUUCCAGAUGAAGCACGCGUGUGACUGUCUGCUCUCCCCCGCUGCGACCCAAGAUCUGCAGCCCUGGGCUCUCUGCCUGAUUCACACAUUCAUUUCUUUUAUUAUUUUUCGUUGUUAUCAUUGUUCUAAAGAUUAUGAGGAAUCGUUACAAAGCAUUGUCUCAUUUUAUUAAUAAAAUUUGUCA